CAGAUAUCGUUCUGUGAUUGAGGUAGGUCGUAAAUUCGCAAACCGUCCUUUUCUUUGUUUUUAUUUUGUUUAAUGGUUUCAUUGAAUAAUUUCUGAAUAAAAAAUAAUGCGAUCGUCAAUUACACGUUUGUGGUUGUGCUUUUACAUCAAUAUCCUAGCGUAAAAGUGUUAUCAUCGAUGUGAUCUGGAUAAAAAUGAUAUCGGAGACUCAAACAAAACAAAGAAAUCCUUUAGUAUAUUUAGAUAUAUCAAUAGACGGUGUUAAAGCUGGUCGUGUGGUGAUAGAGUUACGGCGGGAUGUGGUACCAAGAACAGCUGAGAAUUUUAGAGCUCUGUGUACUGGAGAGAAAGGAAUUGGAACGUUAGGAAAACCUUUACAUUAUAAAGGCGUGAAAUUCCAUAAAGCAAUAUCACAGUUUAUGGUACAAGGUGGAGAUAUUAUUAAUGGUGAUGGGACCGGCGGUGAGAGUAUUUACGGACCAACAUUUGAAGAUGAAAACUUUAUACUCAAGCACGAGGCUGGCGUGCUCAGUAUGGCGAACGCGGGGCGGCCGCACACGAACGGAUCGCAGUUCUGCGUGACCAGCGUGCCGUGCCCGCACCUCGACGGCACCAACGUGGUGUUUGGUGCCGUGCGCGCCGGCCUGCGCGUGCUGGAGGAGGUGCAGCGGACUGCGGACGAUUGCCGGCCUAGUGUGCAAUGCGUCAUAGAGGAUUGUGGGGAGAUAACAGACCUGGAGACGUGGGAUGUGUGCUGCAGGGACGGUACAUCAGAUCGGCUGCCGGAGUUUCCUGAAGACCUGAGGACCGAGCUAACUAUGGAGGAGCUGCUGGCCGGCAUACAGGACAUAAAGUGCAGCGGCAACGCGCACUUCGGCGGCGCGCGCUACAAGGCGGCGGCCGGCAAGUACAGCAAGUGUCUGCGGUACGUCGAGCACGCGGCCAGCGCGCUGCCCGCCGCCGACGGCCAGCAGCGGCAGAAGUUGUACGAAAUGAUGGAGACGUACCGGGCGCAGUGCAGCCUCAACCUCGCCGCGUGCUACGCGCGCCUGCAGCGGCACGCCGCCACGCUCAAGUGCUGCAGCGAGGUGUUACGCAUCGACCCGAGAAACGAGAAAGCGCUGUACCGGCGCGGCCAAGCGAAUUUCGCCCUUAAGAACUACGACGCGGCGCUAUCGGAUCUCAAACUGGCGGACAAAGUGUCGCCGAACAAUAAAGCCGUGCAAAGACUCUUGGAGGAAGUGAAAAUGACCAAUAAAAAUUACAACGAAAUCCAAAAACAGAGGUUGUCAAAAUUUUUUCGUGACCAAAAAGAAAAAGGAGCCGCCUUCGGACAUCACUGAGUUGAGGUUGAAUGUUGUUAUUUAUAAGAUGUGAAUAUCGCCGUAGAAAUGUGUGUCGAUCGCUUCGAGAUCUGUUGUACUUGCUGAUGAAUACGUAAAAUAUACAUGGAGAAACACGUACUGUACUAACUGAUUAAUGAAACCGAGGAAAUACAUGCAAAAAGCAGGCGUAAUUGUGUAGAGUGCAAUUUGGUUCUUACUUAUUUAUCGAGCCUUCUUUAUGUAUGGCUAUCUCUUUCUGUGGGUAAAACGUCAUUAUUAAAGCGAGAGAGAUAGCGUGCUAGCAUUGACUUGUAUAAGUUACAAAAUAUCACUUUUAGCGUUUUGCGUUUAAGAAUAGCAAGCGUAGGUUUUAAAAUAUAAAUCCAAAAUCCAUUACUUUCAAAUUUCGUGUUUACACAUACACAACACAGAUGUAAGUCACGCACACGCUGCUGUGUCGUGGAGCAUAUUCGAAUUUCGAAAUUGAAAUCGAAAAUCGACAUAUUUAAUUUUGACUUUCGCUUCUAUAUUACGAUUUAUUAUUUAGGAAAUUUUAUGAAUUUAGAACGUUGUUAGUUUUUUACAAUUAGUCCAUAAUUUUACUAUUGAACAAUUAAUUUUUUGAUAUUGAAAUUUAUUUUCGAUUUAAUACUCUUUUGUAGUUUUAUACUAAAUCGAUGUUAAUAUUUGAUAUGCAAUGUGUUGAACAGUCCUUUUUGUGUGUUAAGUUGAUAUUACACUUUCGUCAGUAAUCAUUUUUAUUAAAAAAAAAGUUUAAAUGCUAUGAAUAGAAAAUUUGAUUAACUAGAAAUUGUGAAAAAAAUUGAUAUAUCAACGCAAUUAUAAAAAAAUUAACGCUUUUGUAUGUCUUGCCGUGAAUAAUAGUGCCUUAAUCCUGUUAUUUGUAGCAAAAUAUUAUUGAGUUAUUGAAUUAGAAUCGUUAAUAUUAUUUGGCUUAUUCCAUUCGUAGAUUAUUUGGAGUAAAUUGACGCACAAGUGUUCGAUUAAUUUUUUUUAUAAAUGAUUUAUAUUGAUUGAGACGUAAAUUAUUUGGUCAUAAGCUGGUCACAAUGACCAGACGUUAUACGAUAUUGGACAGGAAAAGGAGUCGUUUCUAGAUAAAAGAAAAAGUGUGUAGAAGAAUUGUUAAGAAAGAUGAUUGAACAUCAAUUAUCAGCUAUUGAUUAUAUAUUUUCUAAACUUAACGUAACAGUUACAAUCGGAGAGGAGACUAGCGUGAUAUUUACUGUUUUUAGGGAUUUAUGAGAGAUAUGUAUGGUGAGAUUUGACUCGAAUGACAGUGCGAAAAUUAUAUGUACCAGUGUUAAUAUAAGGGUCAAAUGUUAUUGCUAAAAUGACGAGAGAUGAAACAGAACUUAACAAAGAGUAAAGAGACUUUCUGAGAUAUUGAAAAAAUAGGCAGAAUAGGAAAUGAUUUGAAUGGAACAGUAGCUCUAGUAUGGAGAUAUAAAGUUAGAGAUGCGGAAAAUAUGGAGGAUGCUUAAAAUCCGAUGGUGCUAUAUCAACUAGCGAAUUGGAAGUGCCAGAUAUAUUAGACUAGAAAGUUGUAGGGGUUUCUAGCGGUUUUUAUACAUUUUUAUACAUAAGUAAAUUGGAUAACGGCAUAAAUUACUCCAAGACUUGCACUUCGUGUAAGUGUCAAAGUGUCAAUGUGUAAGUGGUGUUUCUUUAUACACUUAAAUAUUUUUCCUUGUUGUUAUGAUCAGUUUAUAUGUAGGUAGCGACUGUCGUUUGUAAUUUAUAGAGAAGUGCGGCAAACCAUUUUGAGUACAUUUAGAUUGAGUUUGGCUUGAUAUCUCGUAGCAGCUGUUGUGAUUCUUAAUGUGUAAUAUUACUAAUUUUGAAUUAUUGAAAACUGACAGACGUUACGAUAAAUUACGUUUGAGAGCUGGUGAUUCAGCAGAAAUUUACAUUAUGUCUGUCAUCUCUAUUAUAUUCGUAUUCGAAAUUUUUUUAUAACUAAAAUUUAUGAAAAACGACCACAAAUCUUAAUUUCAAAUAUAGCGUAUGGUUAAGCAAUGAUCUUAAUUUGUGUAAAAAAUAUUACGAUGUGUUUUCUUAUGUUUCAAUUAAUACGUACAUUCAAGAAUCGUUCAGAAUAUAUGCAGUUUUGUUCCUAGAUUUAUAUAUGUUGUAUGACAUCCGUGUAUGUUCGACAAAUAAUUGACAAUUAAUAUCGGUAUUGAAAUUUUUAUGUGUGCCUGUGAAAUAGAGUUCAUAUGGGUGAUUACCGAAUUUAGAAUAGUAUGAAUAAGUAUGUCUUAAUUUUUGGGGAAAUAACUCGAACCUAAAUCGAAAAGUUAAGGAUUCGGGACCAGACGAGCGUGCAAUGAUGAAAAGAUUAUUCAAGUUAUCUGAUCAUUAUCGACAUGAUCACUGUUCGAAACGGUGAUGGAAAAUAUCGUGAUGAUUCACACCUGGUCACAUGUCGAAGUACUAAAAGUACUACGACAUGUGCCAAUGAGCUAGGUAGUGGAUUAUGGUCUGAACCCAUUAUGGUAUGUGUCUUUGCAGUGGGUACAUAUAUGGGCUGAUAAUUAUAUAAUAUAGAUUAAAAUAGUUAUUAUAUCGGUGACAAGAAAAAUCAGCCACGUACAAUAAGUUUCCGUUAUUGGAACUACCCUAUUAUCGGUUGUUACUCUUAGGCACUUUGCUAAGAACUCGAGACACUCUUGUCGCGUCGUCGUGUGUAAAUCUAGGAAACAUCGUUAUUCGUGUAUUUAAAACGGAUUGUAAAUACAUAGUUAUUGGUUAGGCUAUUUUUAAGUUAUCUUCAAGUAUACGUGUUAGUGUAUGCUUAAAUGAUCUCCGUCGUUACGUAUUACUUAUAAUGUCUGAACAUCAAUAAAAACACUUAGAAAAAAAAAUGUUUUUAAUUAUGUUCAUCUGUAUUUUUUAAUUUAACUUGUUGGUUUUGUUUGGAUAGUUCAACUAACUCGUAGUGAUCUAACUGGGUUUCUUUUUGUAGAUAGUUUAAAUAUUAUCUAUUAUGUAAAAGCUAAUUUGUUUUAAUAUGUAAAUAGCGAAAGUCUCAAUAUUUACAGUAUCAUUAACGUCACAAACGCCUAUUAAGAGGGCGCCUAAAAUGAUCCGAGGGGCGUUGUAUAAACUAUUCAUUCAAAUUUACACUUUAUUUCGCGAUGGUAAUGUUCAAAGUGUAUUAUAUAUAUCUGCACACGCUAAUUAGAUAAUUUUGCCUAACAGACGCAUAAACAGAUUUUUGUCUCGGACAAUCUUUUGCGUAUUUAUGGGCCUACUUAUUAAUUGUACGUCAAUGUACAGAUAUAUGUAUAGAUUUUGUACAACCAUUUAUCGUAAUUUGCUAUUUGUAAAUCGUUUACAAUAGGCGAGACAAUUUGUGUAGGUAUAUACAAAUACAGUGAUAUAUAGUAAAUACUUGUAUAGUUUCAAUAGCCACGAUAAGGAGCCAUAGUGAAGUAUACGAAUAUUAUAAAACGUCUUAUAAUUAUAGUAUAAAACGUGUAAACUCCCUUUGUUAUUUGAUGUACCGUAGUUUGACACCUAUUAAACAGUGUAAGAUAAGGAUGGCAAUGUGUUUACUCUCGAUGUCUCUAUCUUACAUCACUCAACAGCGCAGUUUUGGUGGAGUACUUUCAAAUUUCUUUUAUAUUCUUUGCCUUCUUAAAUUCUUAUAAAAAUCGUCUAUUUAAUCAAGUAAAUUUAAUAAUUUCAUAAGAGCGAAAUAGAUAAACAUAUUCACCUGGAAUAUAAUUCGUGCAAUAUUACAAUUCAUGAUAGGCAAUUGGUGUAACAGUACCCAAACUAUUUUCCUAUCAGUUUUCCUUCACUCAAAGAUCUAUUUUACAUAUUAUACCACCUACCGACAAAAAAGAGUAAAUAUUUUGUCAUUAUCACUCAGUGUAUAAUUGAAAUUGCAAUUAUGAUAUGUAAUAUUCCAAAAGCUGUUGAUAAUUAGUACGAUAUGUAUCUACAGGCCACCAAUAUAUCUCUGAAAUGAGGGAUGUCGUCACCGUCGCUUCUGUGUAAACUUUAGAAUUAUUCUUAUCCUUUACAAUAAUAAUCGGGGCUCAUUCAUACAUCAUUACUUUUGAUGUCUUUUGGCAUAUUUAACAAUUAAAAUAUCUAACAACUAAAAUAGAGAAAGAUAAUAAAACACACAGAGAACUUAACAGAAAACAAUGACAAUUCAACAUUCAGUUAAAUGUUUCACAAUUUCAGAGAUUAGUUUGUGGCAUUGUAUUAAGUUUGUAACAACAGCUUUUAUUCUUUAUCAAACAAAUAGCAUUUAAUAUACAGUAAUCACACGAUAAUGUAACCAAUAGCUGGAUUUCCAUUUUUAGAAUACAACCGGACUCGAGCAUAAUAAUAAGUUAUAUGUAAUUUUAGAUUAAGUAAUGUAAUUAUAAGUCACAAUUAGAUUAGCUUUUGGACUAUCAUUUAUGACGAUAACUUACUGUUGUGGGACUAGUUUUAAUAAUCCAAUAUAUAAGACGAUUACUAGCAUUUCAUCAUCGAUUUUUUCUGGUUACUAUUUUUCAAGAUUAAGCUGGUAUGGAUCGUUGUAUUGAUAUUAUAUUUUCUCAUUCAAAGACGUGAUAUUGCUGGAUAUUUACUCCAAGAAGAUAAUUUUUCAUUCUAUUACUCUUUUCUUCUUCAGCCAUAAACUAGUAAUGGGUCUUAUUAUUGAUUUAAGUGUAAUCUACUUAAACUGUAGACUUAGUUAAUUUCUUAAUACCUGAAGUACAUCAUUUAAAAUGACAAUAAAGGAGAAAGUAAGUGUCGUCAAAUUAUAGUUCAACCGUUUCUGGAUUAGCCGAUUCCACAAUAGUUAUAGUUUUAUACUGGACUCUACAUGACAUAAUAAUAUACAAAUUUUUAAUAAAAA